AUGUGCUUCAAUACAUUCAUUCAGCAUAUCAAGGCUGAAAAGUACCGUCAAUUUGGGUUUUUCUUCAAAUUACUAAAUCCCAUCCAUUGGUUCCAGUUUGCUGAUGACGCGGCUGUAAUUACUGGCCAAGAAUCCGAAAACCAACAUCUAUUAAAUCGAUUUUCUUUCUGGUGCCAAUGGUCCGAUAUGAUUAUCCGAGUUGACAAAUGCAGUACCUUUGGCAUUAAAAAAGCGAUCACAAAAUCAGUUCAGUACUUGCCAAAACUCCUCAUCAGCAAUCAACUAAUACCAAAAAUCACCAUUGGAGAAUCAUUUCAAUAUUUAGGACGUUACUUUGAUUUCCACAUGUCGAAUGAUAAUCACAAAACUGAACUAACCACCCUACUUAACGAACUAAUGUCUGAUAUUGACUCAAAGCCACUACACCCCAAAACUAAACUGCUCCUCUACAGUCGCUACGUCUUGUCCAAGUUAGCCUGGCACUUCACCGUCGCAACACUCUCUAAAACAUGGGUUACUGAAAAUAUCGACUCUAUUGCCAACAAAUAUAUCCGCAGAUGGCUUGAA